AACAAUCUUAAUACAAACAUGAAACAUAACUGCUUAUUGAAUUAAACUGUUAAAGGUUAUUAAUUUAGUAAAUAAAGUAGUAUAUUUGAACACUUCGUCUUUGUAAUGGAAAACAGCAGAUUCCUGGAAUUAAAUAAAAAGGAACCCGAUAAAAACAAGGAGCGAAAUGAGGGAAAUAGUAACAGCAGUAAUCAAAACAAUAUCGAUGACGUUAAUUCCUCUUUUAACUCAAUUUUAAUGGAUACCAGUAAAAACGAGCCUGCCUGCAGUUCAAACAAUAGUGUAAUUUUAGAACAGCUACCAUCUGAUAAUGAUAGCAUUGAAAAUGAUUGUUCUUAUGAAGAAAUAGAACUUGCAAGUGUUACUAAUCAAAACUUUAAAGAACAGAACUUGGCUAUUUGUGUGGCUAAGACACCUAAAAUGCAGUUAAAUUUUCAUAGUGAUAUCGGUGGUGAUGGUCAAAACACUGAAGACAAUAAUGAAGAAUUUAUAAAAUGCAUUAUAUAUGGUAUAAUAGAAAGUUCUAAUUUUGAUGAUGAAACUACUUUUCCUAGCAAAAGUAGUAAUAGUUUUAAUUUAUUUGAGGAAAUUAAUUUAAGUGACAGUUUAAUUGAAAAUCAUUUAAAACCUACAUUGCUAAAUGAAAGUAGUAAUCAAAAUACUAAAUUAAAUUCUGAUAUUGCAAUUAGGGAACUGUUAUUAAAAGUGAAGCAAUUAGAGGAAACUGUAAUAGUGAAAGAAGCAGCAUUGAAUGCAUUAACCUUAGAGUUAGAGUCCCUCAAAGAGAUUCACUCGAACAACUCCUCAACAUUAAAUUCUGGUACUUCAACAACGGAAUAUAGAUGUAUACACGAUGAAUUGCAAAAUAAAAUUGUUGAUUUCCAAAAUGCUCUUGCAUAUAGAGACAAUAUCAUACAACAGCUUACAGAAUCACUACAGCAGAGUGUUAAUAGAAAAGAAGAAUUACAAAGAGAGAGUCAGCUGUUUUUACAAGAAAUUAACCUUUUAAAACAACAAUUACUUGAUACAUCUAGUUUAUUUUGUGAAAACAAGAAUAAAAGCAAUCUUGUAGAAAGUGAAAUACAAACUGAAGCACAUUUUGAGAUUACUGAUACAGUAGCACUCUGGACAAAUAAUGAUUUACUCAAUUUGUUAGUAAGAUUAGAAUCACAAUUAAACCCUUCGCAAAUGAAUUUAUUUUCUGAUAUUAAAAUGAAACUUUAUGAAAAUAUGAAGGAAACCCUUUCUAAUUGUAAAAGAAAUAAUGAAGAGAAUGUUAUGUUGCAGGAUGAAUUGUCAAAUAAGAAUGAACAAGAACUGAAAAUUGCUCAAUUUAAUGAAUUAGUUAUGGAUGCUGAAACUUCUGAAUUUUCCCGACUCAGAUUAGAAUUAGAAGUCAAACAUGCUAAAGAAAUGGAAGAACUUAGAACCUAUUUCGAACAAAAAUGUGCCGAUCUAGAGAAACAUUAUUCUGAAGAAGUGCUAAAUAGUCGAAAGUUAUCAGGUUCUAGCUACUGUUCCGGACAUGAUUUAAAUUCUGAUGUAUUUUUAUCAAAUAAUGAAAUGGGCCCUGGGGGUGAUACUUCCAAUUUAACUAAUAAUAUUGAGAAAUAUAAUGUUGCAGACAUAACUAAGUCUGAUAUUCAAAAAUUUAAGAAUGAUUUGCAAAAAAUCUGUGAUAUAAUGGAAACAUUUGAUUUAAUAAAUGCUACAAACUCUGAAUUGCAUUUAUUAGUUCAAAGCAUCAGUGUGUAUGACAUGAAAUUAUUAACUCAGAUUAAUUUAACAGAAAUACAAAACAGAAAUCAUACAGAACUGGAAAUAUUAAGAGACAAUUAUGAAAAUAGAAUCAGUUUACUAGAUGUAGAAUAUAACAAAAAGAUACAAGACAUAGAAAGGAAGCACAAUGAAGAAAUCUCGUCACUUAAAGAACAAUUACAAAACAACGUUAGAAAUCAACAUGAAGUGGCAAAUCCUGGUGAAUCUGAGUUAGCUGAAGUCGUACAAAGUUAUGAACGUAAACUGCAAGAACAAGUAAUGUUAGCAAAGAUAGACAUAAUAAACGCUCUCGAAUAUCAAAUUCAGUUGUGA